UGUGAAUGAAAGGUAUAUAUUUCGACAAAUGAAGUCAUAAAUCUGAGCUUUUUUUUGAUCUUGAACUGUCUUUCAAUGUAUAUAAUUCAGUGAUAAGAACCCCUCAGUUACUAUUAUUAAAAUUUCUUUUCAAUAUUAUCAUUGUAUUUUAUUAUUUAUAUUUGGACAAAAGAAAAUUUAAUAAGUAUUGAAUUGUUUGUAUUGUCACACUUGAUUUCUGAGCAUCCGUUUCUAUUCAGCAGGCAUCCGCAAAAGGAGACGGCCAUUUUCUGUCCAUCGUGAACGUGUCAACGUGACUAAUUCAACAUGGGUAAGCCUCGUGGUUUGAGGACUGCGCGUAAGCACGUGAAUCACAGACGAGAACAGCGUUGGGCCGACAAGGACUACAAGAAGGCCCAUUUGGGUACAAGAUGGAAGGCCAAUCCCUUCGGAGGUGCUUCCCACGCAAAGGGAAUUGUUCUUGAAAAAGUUGGAGUUGAAGCCAAGCAGCCGAACUCUGCCAUCCGUAAGUGCGUGCGAGUGCAGUUGAUCAAGAACGGCAAGAAGAUCACGGCGUUCGUGCCUCGUGACGGUUGCCUCAACUACAUCGAGGAAAACGACGAGGUGCUAGUGGCCGGAUUCGGUAGGAAGGGUCACGCUGUCGGAGAUAUCCCCG